CCUCCUCCUCCUCUCUCUCUCUCUCUCUCUCUCUCUCUCUCUCUCUCUCUCUCAAUAUGUUUCUUUAAUUUCAAUGAUGAGCCACAUCUAUCUCUCUCUUUAACGCGUACAAGUUAGAUGAUCGCAAUACGCACUCUCUAUCCUCCCCAAUCUCCAUAUAUAUAAAUAGCCACUUCAGCUGCCUCCUCUCUUCCAUCACCACUCGCCACCUGAAAAUCUAUCUCUCCAAUCCCAUACUAAUUGUCUUUCUCUCCAUCAGUAUACAUCUAGCUAGCAUUCGUCUUAAGCACAAGUUCAAAUCAAAGAUCCAAAAUCUGAUGAAAAUGCUGGCCACGAAGAAGUGUGAGGCUGAUCGUGUUGGUCAGAGAGCAUGGAAGCUGCUGCGUAUGGCAUUGCUAUGGGCGAGAAAGGGCGGCGUCUUCAAACAAAAGCGCCUCAUGAUGGAACUAAGGGUCGUCCCCAAGUUCCUUAAGAACCACCUUGGCACCAAUGCUUCAUCAACAAAGUCAAGACCACAAAUCCAUUACUUUGAGCGCGAGCUCUCCUUCGACAAGACCCCCCUUUUCAAUCUCAAAAUGCACCGUCCUCCAUCCAUGCGCUUCAACAUUCCUUGCCUAAACCCCCCACUGGUACUACAUGAUGACGACGACCAUCUCUUUCAUUAUGAUCAUUAUGGUGAUGAAGGAAGGAAGAGCUUCCUUACAAAUACUGAUAAUGCGGAUGAUAUUGAUAUCGAUGAUGAUGGUGAUGAUCUUGACCUUGGAAUAACAUUGUCAGACGACAAUGGUGCAGCUGCUUAUUCAUGUGCUAAUUAUGAGGACGAAGCAGUUGACAGAAAGGCUGAUGAGUUCAUCGCUAAAUUCUAUCAGCAAAUGAAGCUGCAAAGACAAAUUUCAAACUUACAGUACAAUGACAUGUUAAAUAGAGGCACAAACUAGACAACUUUUCGCGCAAUAUUUUCACUCUAUUUUCAUGUGUAUCAAUAUAUUUUGUAAGAGGACACUGGCGGCGCUUUUGUA